AUGUAUAUCCGCUCACUCGUCUUCUCUGCCAUCUUGGCGAACCUGGGUCUCGGGGCCCCAGCAGAACCAUCGCAACCUCAAAAACCGGAAGACUGGUCCCUCUUAGGCUUCCGACGAGUCUGUGAGCAGGAACUAGGCAGAUGCACCUACAGCUUCCUCAUCUCUGAAGACCCGGCAAAGGCGCCCAAGUACUGUGACUUCGCCGUCGACGCCGCGGGAGGACUCCCUGCGUACCAGACCGACUUCUCGUCUCUCAAGUGCCCCGGGGCUCCCGAGUACACUAUCAACGGUGGUUGGGACGAGCGCGAGUUCAUCACCUUGACCGUCAUCAACGACGAGAGACAGCUCUUGUCCUUUUUCGCCUAUAAGGACGCUGACUUGUGGGCCGGCAACGAAGCCUCGCCUCAGACGUCCAAAGUUUUCCUCUAUCCCCUGUCGUCCAAGCGGGAUAUCGAAACUAGGGAAGAACCGUCGGGCCUGGCGUACGCUACUGACUGGAAGAUCUUGAAUCUCGUCAGAUAUGAAUUCAACCGAGGAGCACCUUACACCGACGCAAUCAUCAUUUCUUUCGGUAUUCAAGCUGGUGACGCUCCGGUUGAAAUGUGUCGCCUUAUUAUUCCGAUGUUCGAAGGUACCAAGCCACUUGGCAAGAGUUUUGCCUACGAAGAAUGCAUGUCAGGAGGCUGGACAGCCUCUUGGGGCCACAACGAGACCACGGGAGAGGCUGUGAUGACUCUGAUGAACCCAAACCAUGACAGAGCCGCAUUUUUUGGCUUCAACAAUGUCAAUACCAACACUCUUCUUGGUGACAACGGACCCAAUGCUGUCUCUGUCUUGUUUUAA